AUGUAUAUGAAAAAAGACUCAUAUAAAUAUUAUUACAAGAAUACGUAUAAGUACUCAAACAACACUGGGAAAUCAAAGAAGCUAUUUAGUGCUCAGAGAAUUAAAAAUUUAGCUAAAGACAAAAAAUUAUUAGAUGAUGCUUUAUUAGACUGUUAUGGACGAUUCAUAGCUUUGCUUCCAGAAUUUUUAUUAAAAGACCAUGUGCACUUAUAUUUUCAAAUUCAAGAAGCUUAUUGGUGGUAUGAUGAUAUGUGGCAAGACAAAUAUCCUGAUAAAUUACCAAAAUUGAGUUUAAAGACAUUUGGCUAUUUAAUAUGUGAUGAUUGCCCAAUAUUAAAAAAAUAUGUACCCCCUUCAGCUCAUGAAAAAUUCUCAUUAAAUUGGAGGCGAUAUUGUAGAACUAUACCUUUAAGAGGAGCAAUUUUGUUGAACCAUAAUUUAAAGAAAUGCUUAUUAGUAAAAGGAUGGAGCACAGAUAACUGGUCUUUUCCCAAAGGUAAAAUUGAUGAACUCGAAGAAGAUUCUGUUUGUGCUUGUAGAGAAAUUUAUGAAGAAAUAGGAAUAGAUAUAUUUCCAUAUAUAGAUGAGCAAGUGUAUAUCGAAACACAUAUUGAAGAUCAACCAAUUAAAUUAUUUAUAAUACCCGGUGUAAAGGAAAACACAAAAUUUCAACCUAAAACACGAAAAGAAAUAGGAGCAAUUCGAUGGUUUGAAAUUGAAAAAAUAGAAAAAUUUUUCUUUUAUAAAAAUUAUAAAGGAAAAGGAUAUAAUUUAUUAUUUGAUAAUAAAAAGGAGCGUAUUAAUGCUUCAGUAGUUUGCCCUUUUAUACCAAAUUUAAUAAAAUGGAUAGCGAUAUUAAAAAAAUGUAUAAAUGGUAAAUCUUUGGAAGAAAAUGCAUAUGUGUCAAGUAGUAUAAUGUCAUAUAAGUAUCAAAUAACUGGAAUUGAUCCAAAUAUUAUUAAAAGUCUUCAAAAGGUUGACGCCGAUUCAACUGAAAUGAUAAAAACCGCUUUACCUAAAAGUGAUGAUGAUGACUUUGAUGGUUAUUAUGAUAAUUCUGAAUAUGUAACAAAAGAUGUGAAAGCAAUAGAAUAUAAUAACAAAGAGAAGGCCGAAUUAUCAUGUAAAAACGACCAAAAUUAUAAAGAAAUAAAUGACUUAUUAAAUACGUGCAUGAAAAGUAAGGAUAGCAAUCGAAAUAUAGAAAAGAAAGGAGGAAAUAAUAUUUUAUAUAUGAAUGGUGGAAAAAAUGCUCAAAAAAAUUCGAAUCGUAAUGAUACACAUAAUGGUACGGUGAAUAAUACUAUUUCUAAUGAGCAAAAUAGCGAAAAAAAAGAAAGCUUUCCAAUUUUAUUAGAAAAAAAAAGUAUAGGUAAUUUAAAAAUAUAUGAGCAUGUAGAAAGCUAUAGUGAUGAAUCAGUGGAUUUUUUAAAAAAGAAAGACACAGCAAAGGAUCAUCCAAAAGUUGUACAUUCGUCACCGGCAAUGAAUGAGAUGCUAAAAUUUUUAGACCCUAAUGAACAAGAAAACAGUAGUAAUGAUGAUAAUAAGAGUGAAAUACCCAAAAGUUAUAAUAAUAAAAAUAUAUCCAAUACAAAUAAUACUGAUGAAAGUGAUGAUGACUACAGUAAUAACAGCAAUAAAUUUAAUGAGAAUAAAAUGGGAGUUAACAAAAAUAGCAGUGAAAAAAAAUUAAGUAAAGAUGGGAACAAGGGACUUGGUAUAGGUGACAAUAGUUAUCAUGAUAAAAUGAUAGUAGGGAAUAAUGAUUGCAAAAAUAAUUUAGUAAAAUAUACUAACAAAGAUGCAACAGGUAUGGAUUAUAAUAAUAAUAAAAAAAUGAGUAUUAGUAGUAAUGGAAGUAUUAAUAAUAAUAAAGGGAAAUAUGAAAAUUCUAGGAAUAAUCGAAAUGUUAAAAACGGUAGAAAUAGCAGGAAUAAUAAUAAUAUAUAUGGAUAUAAUUUAAAUAAUAAUAAUAAUUAUAACUAUUAUUAUAAUAAUACGAAGGAAUAUAAUACAGCUAUGAAAAGUGGUGAUUGGGAUUAUUAUGAUCGAAAAUAUCGAUAUAACUUUAAUAAAAUAAAAACGGGGCAUUUAUCAGCUUUACGAUUGAAAGAAGUAGGUUUAAGAAGUUUUGAUGAUCAAGAUAUAGAUAAAAGGAAAAAAUUGCAUUUACAUUUAUAUGGAAAUAAAAAAAAAUUAUAUCAAACAAAUAAAGAUGUAUAUAGGUAUAAUCAAAAAAGCAUGAAAAAUGGAUGCAUAUCAUUAGAUGAUGAAUCAGUUCAUUAUAUGCCAAUUAAGCAUAAAACAAAAGAUGCUUGUAAUGAUAAAACUUUUGGUUACAAUCAUUCAAAUGGCUGGAGUCCCGAAGAUAUGUUUAAAUUAAAUGAAGAAAAAUUCGGUGUCCAUUCGACUUAUAAUAUAGAUAAAUAUACUACUCCAUUAAUAUAUAAUGAAGAAUGUGCAUCACAAGUUAAUAAAAUUGCGAUGCAAAAAACAAAUUUUAGCCAGAAACUAAAAAUCAAUAAAAAUGGAAAUGAUCAUGGAAAUAAAUUAAUUACAACUAUAGCCAAAGCUAAUAAUAUAAAACCUACUGACACUAUUAAUAAUCAUACUAACGAACGAGAAGACAUUAAAGAGGGAACAAAUAGAAAGAGUGCCAUGGUGAAUCGGGACGAGCAUAUGCAUUCAUUAAAUAAUGGAAAUGAUGCAUAUAAAAUUUUGCCUAAAAACAUUUUGAGUACCGAAGCUGAUUUUAGCAGCAAUAAUAAUAGUAGUAAUAAAAAUGAGAUAAAAAGAGAAGAUGAUUGUGAAAAUAGUUAUUUUCAAAAUAAAAAUGAAAAAAGUAAUAUAUCUAAUUCUAAAAUUGAUAAGUUGAAAUUGGCUUAUAAUAAUAAUGAUGCUAUUUUAAAAGGUCUUAAGCAACAAAAUGAAAACUACCAUAACAAAUCUGAUAGUACAGAUGAAGAUAUGGAAAAUACGAGAAGCGCUAAUGAAAAACUCAGAGAGCAAUUUCUUCAAAAAUUUAAAAAGGAAAAAGGAGGAGUAUUAAACAAAAUGGGUUCUCUAUAUAUGAAAAAUGAUAUAUUGGGGACUAUUGGUAGCGGAAUCAAUAUCAAUAAGAGGGAAUUAGUCAAGGCUAUUAUAAAGAAUUAUUAUAAAGAAAAGGGGUUAAUAGAAGGUAAUGAAAUAGGAAAAUCAGAAAAUACUGUAGGUGCUCGAGAAAAUAUAGAAAGCAUAGAAGAUAUAGAGGAAAGAAAAUACAAAUUGAAACAAAUUUUGAAUGGAGGAAUGAAAAAUAUGGAUUUAGAAAACAAUACUAUGAAUAAGAUAAUAAAUAAGAAUAUAAUUAAUAAAAUAAGCCAACAUGAAAUGAAUAAACAUAUUAAUAAUAUUGGAAGUAAUAUGGAUAUUAUGACUGUCAAUAAAACUGCAAUAAAUAAUAAUGAAGAUAUCAAAAUGAUAAAUAGAAAAAAUGUGAAUAUACCCAAUAUAAAUUCUCAAAUUGUAGAAAGCACAAAGGAGAAACUAGAAGAUGGGGUUUUAAAGAAUAACAAUUCAGGUAAAUUUUUAUUAGAUUUAAUUAAAGGAAGUAACAAAAAGCAAAUGACCGAUGAAAACUUUUUUGAUUCAAUUAAUAACUAUAAUAAGAAAGUUAUGCCAGAAAAUAUCAAGAUUUUAAGCGAACAAGAUAUAUUAAGUAAAUACUACAAUAAGGAAGAUACUAAGGAUAAUACAAAUAAUAAUAUUGUGAAUUAUGCUAUUAAUAAAGUUGGUGGGAAAAAGAAUACUAAAGAUGAGCAAGUAAGAAAUAUAAAAUAUGGUGAUAUUGAAAGUAUAACUAAAAGUAAUAAUAGUAAAAGCGAGCACGCUUCUUCUAUUAAUACAAAUAAUAAUUUUAAUGAAAUGGCUAUGAUUGAAAAGCUAUCGAAGCAUUUAAACAGUUAUAAUCCUUACGAAUGA